ACUACGCAGGACCAAACGGAACGAAAAGCGUCCCGAAAAUCUGUUGCUUUUACCGACGAACAACUAGUUGUUGAGACCGACGGAUCAAUAACCAUCAUGAGCGCCGCCGAAGAACCCAAAGAGACGGCCCAGUCACACACGCCUCGUACGCCGCCCUUAUCUGCCGCCCUCGGUGCCUUUAAUACUGAUCCCUCUCAAGCCGCUGCCGACGAAGUCCCCCCUCCCGAAGAUGGCGGUCUUGAUCUGUCUCUCCUGAAGAAAAAGAAGAAGAAGAAGAAGGUCGAGGGUGCUGAUGGUGAUGGUGAUGCCGAAGAUGAGGCUGCUCCUGCCGAGGAUGGAGGCCUCGACCUGACCAUCAAGAAGAAGAAGAAGAAGGCCAAGAAGGUUGAGGGUACGGAAGAAGACGAGUUCACUGCCAAGCUGAAGCAGCUCGAGGUCAAGGACGCCGAGGAGGCUGAGGAGGCAGCACAGGAAGAGGGUGACAUGGAGACUGGCACUGGUGUCUGGAGCCACCAAGAGUCAAAAACAAUCCCCUACACCCUGCUCCUCUCUCGCUUCUUCACCGUCCUAUCACAAAAGAACCCCGAUCACUCACUCAGUGGCACCAAGAGCUACAAGAUUCCUCCUCCCCAGUGCAUGCGUGAAGGCAACAGGAAAACCGUCUUCGCCAACAUCGCCGAUAUUUGCAAGCGCAUGAAGCGAACCGAAGAACACGUCACUGCCUAUCUCUUUGCCGAAUUGGGUACAAACGGCUCUGUGGACGGAAGCAGAAGAUUGGUCAUCAAGGGUCGUUUCCAACAGAAGCAGAUUGAGAACGUCGUAAGAAAAUACAUCAUCGAGUAUGUUACUUGCAAAACUUGCAGGUCGCCCGAUACCGAGUUGAACAAGGGUGAAAAUCGUCUGUACUUCAUCACUUGCAACAACUGUGCUUCACGACGAAGUGUCACUGCCAUCAAGACUGGUUUCUCUGCCCAGAUCGGCAAGAGAAGGAAGAUGCAAGGUUAA